GAUCUAUCUCUCUAUCUAGCUUUUGGAUAUGAUUGAGACAGUGGCUGCCCAAACUUAGUCCAAGUGGAUUCGGUAUGUCAAUGAGUACUACAUUCAAUACCACAACGCUCAACUCCUACGUAUCCACAAUUUAAUGUCCCUUCGAAACCCAAAAUGAGUAGAUGGGCGGGGGAAAAAGAAGAAAUCUGAGAAGAGGUUUGGGAUGCAGUUUGACAAAAUGAGAAAUAUUCUAGUUGAAGUGUUUGGAUGGUGGAUAUGCAGAUUCUACGAAGGGUUGAAUUAGAGACAUCAGAGGGAAAGUUUUUCAAAACAAAACACUGUUGCAAUACCGCAGAUCCACUACACACUUUUGCUUGGGGAUUCACCAAGAGAACUAGAUGUGAUUACCCAAAAGAACUAAUUCAUUUACUCUACGAGAUCUAGGCAAAAAGCAGCACAAGUUAGAGAAGGAAAAUCCAAAGCAAUAUCUAUGCCAGGUUGAAUAUGGAAAUAUAUCUCUUCUCAAUAAGCAUCAGAUAUGGAAAGUCAAAUCCCUAGCAAUUACAAGGAUAUUUGUCAAGACCCACCAUCGAGCCCAACAUGAAUCAACCUAAAGCACAAGAUCUGAACACAACCCCCACAAAUCCUUCCUUCGAUUCCUGUUCUAGGGUAUUACAAGACGCACAAUCAUAGUCUUCAAAACAUUGGCAAAGACACCCCACGCCUUACCAAUGCAAUACGGAUCACAUGAUGGCUCUGACUGUAGAUCGCGAUUCACAAGAUGAAAAGAACAGCAAGAUUUCCAAUCGCAAUACCCGAAUUGCGCAAUGAUUCUAUCA